CGUAGCCCAGCAGCCGGCGAGCUACAAUCCCAAUCCUUGGCAACUUUCGACAUCAGGAGAAAUGGCAGCUUGUUUUAUUCUGAGCGCGCUCUUGCUGGCCAGUCCGGCGGUGUGGGGCAAGCCCUCGUUUGGACGGGAGCACGUCCACAUUCGCAUCCACCUGCCCGAGAGUGGCGGAGAUCAUGGUGAUCAUCACGGAGGCGGUGGCGGCGGCGGAGGAGGCUAUGAGAUUCACUCCCAUGACGGUGGCCAUGGAGGCGGUGGCGGCGGAGGAGGAGGCUAUGAGAUUCACUCCCAUGACAGUGGCCAUGGAGGCCAUGGAGGCGGUGGCGGCGGAGCCCACGUCAGUACCUAUGCCAUAAUCACCGAGAACCACGGAGGAUCUGGUGGCUACAGCUCUGGUGGACACAGUUCCGGAGGCUAUAGCUCAGGAGGUGGCUACAGCGCUGGAGGACAUGGCUCUGGCGGACACGAUGAUGCUCAGAUUGCGGCCAUCGCAGCUGCUGCUGGCUCAUCCUCCCACGGCUCGUCGGGUGGUGGCGGAUACAGCUCAGGUGGACACAGUUCCGGAGGCUAUAGCUCAGGAGGUGGCUACAGCUCAGGAGGACAUGGCUCUGGCGGACACGAUGACGCUCAGAUUGCAGCCAUCGCAGCUGCUGCUGGCUCAUCCUCCCACGGCUCUUCGGGUGGUGGCGGAUACAGCAGCGGAGGAUACAGCUCGGGAGGCUAUAGCUCAGGAGGUGGCUACAGCUCUGGCGGACACGACUCUGGCCAUGGCAUCGCCAACAUUGCGGCGAUUGCAGCCAGCUCUGAUACCUCCUCUCACGGCUCUUCGGGUGGUGGCGGAUACAGCAGCGGGGGAUACAGUUCCGGAGGCUAUAGCUCAGGAGGUGGCUACAGUUCCGGCGGACACGAUGAUGCCCAGGUUGUGGCCAUUACAUCCGGCGCGGGCUCUGGCGCUGGAGGAUACAAUAGCGGAGGCUACAGCUCGGGAGGCUAUAGCUCAGGAGGAGGCGGCUACAGUUCCGGCGGACACGGCUCUGGGGGCUACAGCUCCGGCGGAGGAAGCAGCUACGAUAGCCAGGUGGUGACUGCUGCUGUCGCUUCCAGCGGAGGAUAUGGCGGUGGCUCUCAUGGCGGAGCCUCCUCCGGCGGUGGAGACGGUUACAAUUACUCGCCCCCAGCCGUCGGUGGCUGGUCGGGAUCGGCCUCCAACUGGUCUUAGGCUCCGUUCCCCAGCAUUGGCCGUCCGGCCAUCUAGUCUAUUGCUCAU